UUCCUCCUCACUCAGACUCACGCUACUCAUUUCAUCAGCUUUCUCUCUUUCUCGCCGCGGAAUUUCGAUUUUUUGAGCAAGGGGAUUAAGUUCUGCGAUGGGGAUCUCUGGUAACAAAUCGGAUGAAGAGUACGGGUACAUUGGAGACAAAGGAGAUAUAGGAUUCAUCGACAUUGAUCACUGCAGAUCUGUUUGCCAAUACAACCCCGAAACCGAGAGUGACAUUGUCAUUAUAUCCGUUCCAUUUCCUUUGGUCGAUGGAAAACCUCAAUCCGGUUUUGUUGGGAAAACCAUUUUCAAUCCCGUAACUAUAAAGAACAUCCACACCGAUUAUGUGGAGCUGUGGUCAGUCAGUAUUUAUGAUUCUAAGCCGGAGAAUACAUUCACAUUGUCUAUUCUGAAGCCUCCGACAGCCGAUUCUGAUGAGGAUUACAUCCAAGAUUUCAUGGAAUCGUUUACCUUGGAGGACAGAGUGCUGCCGGCUGAGGACACCUUGACGAUUUGGGUGUCGUGCAAGCCAAAGGAAAUUGGCCUACACUCAGCUGCUGUGCAUUUUAGCGUUGGAAACGAGGUGAUCGAAAGGCUGGUUUUUGUGCUGGCGGAAGACAACAUUUCCAGGUCUUUGGCGUCGGAAAGACCCUUCCAAAGGAUAAGGGGAAAGAAACAAGAUCUGGUGAAUGUAAGCAAUCGAAACGCAGCAUUUGUUGUGGGGCGACGCCCCGCCAGUGCUUUUCUCCGGCCAUUCAGGCGGAGGAUAGGGGACUAUCCUAUAGCAGAUGACAUCCGGGAUGUGUUGAUGAGCCGGGUGAUUCCAGAAGCAGUCCGCGACGGAUUGUGUGAGACAAACUAUGGCAUGUUCUUCAGUACUUUGAUAGCUAUGGAAGAGAUUAAGUUGGAGGACGACAUGCAUGCAUAUGACAUGGAGUGUGUGGCCCUAAGGGGAAGGAGAAACCAGUUUUUGUCACUCGAAGUUCCAGGAUUGGCUGAGAAGCGACCUUCGCUUGUUAGCGGGGACUUUAUAUUUGUGAAGCUUGCGACUGAGAUCGAUACUACUAAACCGCCAUACCAGGGAUACAUUCACCGGGUAGAGGCUGAGGAGAUUUUCUUGAAGUUUAACCAAGAUCUUCACGUAAAACACAGAGAAGGUAAUCUGUACAACGUACAGUUCUCUUACAAUCGGACCGGCAUGCGUCGCCUGUACCAGGCGAUUGAAGCUGCCGAGCAGUUGAACAGAAGCUUCCUAUUUCCAUCCUCAUCUUCGACAAUGAGGAUACAGAGAUCGGGGGAAUUGGUUCCGAAGUCUAAGGUUCUGAACGAGGACCAGAAGGCUUGUGUCGAGACGAUACUUUCCUGCAGAGGAGGGUACCCGUAUCUAAUUCAUGGUCCGCCAGGCACUGGCAAGACAAUGACUCUUAUCGAAGCAAUUCUGCAGAUAUACACAACAAGAAGCGAUGCUCGGAUUCUAGUCUGCGCGCCAUCAAACAGCGCAGCUGAUCACAUUCUGGAACGCCUCAUAUAUCGAUCGUCUGUAGAGAUUCAACCGAAUGACAUCUUUAGGCUGAAUGCUUUCACGCGUGCUGUUGAGGACGUCGAUCCUAAUGUCCUGGAGUUUUGCUCGCUGGAAGACGGCCUUUUCAAGUGUCCACCGAACUGGGAUCUUAUCCAGUUUAGAAUUAUCGUGUCGACCUACACAAGUGCUUCACUUCUAUACGCCGAAGGAGUUAAGAGGGGCCAUUUCUCGUAUUUCUUUUUAGACGAAGCAGGGCAAGCUUCGGAGCCGGAAACAAUGGUUCCCAUAGCUCAGUUUUAUUCGAGGGAAUCUGUCAUUGUUCUUGCCGGGGAUCCCAUGCAGCUCGGCCCUGUAGUUUUCUCCAGGGAUGCUGAAACCCAUGGACUGGGAACCUCUUACAUGGAGAGACUCUUUGACUGUGCACCGUACGGUAAUGGGGACAAAACAUUUAUAACCAAAUUGGUUAGGAAUUACCGUACACACGAGGCAAUUCUGCGACUGCCUUCCGAGUUGUUCUAUGAGGGGGAGUUGAUCCCAUGCAAAGAAGAGAAUGCAGCUGACUAUGCUCAACCCUGGGAAGAACUAGUUACGAACAAGAACUUUCCCUUGCUUUUUAUCGGAAUUCAGGGCUGUGAUGAAAGGGAAGGAAGUAAUCCUUCUUGGUUUAACAGAAUUGAGGUGAGCAAAGUGAUCGAUGUAAUCGCAUCUCUGACCGAGAAAGGGGUGAGGGAGGAAGAUAUUGGGGUCAUUACUCCUUAUAGGCAGCAGGUAAGCAAAAUAAGAGGUGCACUAGACAAUCUUGAUAUUGCUGACAUUAAGGUUGGAAGUGUGGAACAGUUCCAAGGACAGGAGAGGGAGGUUAUAAUUAUAUCUACUGUACGUUCGACGGUAAGACAUAAUGAAUUCGACAAGCUUCAUUAUCUGGGGUUCCUGAACAACCCGAGGAGAUUCAAUGUUUCUGUUACCCGGGCUAAAUCUAUGCUCAUAGUUAUUGGUAAUCCACACAUCCUCUGCAAGGACCCUAACUGGAAUGAACUCUUAUGGUACUGUGUGGACAAUAACUCCUAUAAGGGCUGUUUUCUUCCCGAACGAGAAGUGGUCCCGAGAAUCCCUAUUGUUUCUGGACGAGAGAGACGAGAUGCAGCAAGGAAUGAAAGCCAGCAGCCUACAGAUACAGCAUUGGAUCAAGGAGGUCAGUGGGAACCGUAUGAAUAUAAACCAGAUGAAGGUAAUUGGGUUGGAGAUCAAGAAUAUCAGUGCACACAUCCGGCAGAUAACUGGGGUGGCAAUCAAAAAGAUCAGUGGGAGAUUCCGGCAGAUAACUGGGGUGGCAAUCAAGAAGGAGAUCAGUGGGAGAUUCCGGCAGAUAACUGGGGUGGCGAUCAGAAAGAAGAUCAGUGGCAGCCUCCUGCAGAUAACUGGGGUGGAAAUCAAGAAGGAGAUCAGUGGGCGCCUCCGGAUAACUGGGGUGGCGAAGGCUCAAAAUAUGAUUCAAAGUCAUAUGCAGAUAACUGGGGUGGAAAUCAAGAAGGAGAUCAGUCUGUGGCUCCGGAUAACUGGGGUGGCGAAGGCUCAAAAUAUGAUUCGAAGUCACAUGCAGAUAACUGGGGUGAGCAUUGGACAGAUUCUAAAGAUGAUGGGAAGUCAUAUGCAGGUGGUGGUAAUUGGGAUGAUAACUGGAGUCACGAUAAUCAGAAGCCAUAUGCUGCUGAUAACUGGGGUGGAAAUCAAGAAGGAGAUCAGUGGGCGCCUCCGGAUAACUGGGGUGGCAAAGGCUCAAAAUAUGAUUCGAAGUCAUAUGCAGAUAACUGGGGUGGAAAUCAAGAAGGAGAUCAGUGGGCGCCUCCGGAUAACUGGGGUGGCAAAGGAUCAAAAUAUGAUUCGAAGUCAUAUGCAGCUAACUGGGGUGAGCAUUGGAAAGAUUCUCAAGAUGAUGGGAAGUCAUAUGCAGGUGGUGGUAAUUGGGAUGAUAACUGGAGUCAUGAUAAUCAGAAGCCAUAUGCUGCCGAUAAUUGGAGCAGCAGGGAGUGGAGUGGCUCCCAGUAUGAUCAAAAGCCAUAUGUCAAUAAUUGGGGCUCAGAAUAUAGUUACCAAGAUUCUUGGAAUCCACCUCCAAAUAAUUGGGGUGGGAGAGAUGGUAACAGGGGUAGGAGAGGAAGAAGCAGUUAUGGUGAUAACUGGGGCAGGAGGGGCAGACGAAACUAUGGUGAAAACAGGGGCAGGAGAGGAAGAAAUGGUUAUGGAGAUACCCGGAGCAGGAGAGGAAGAAGUGGUUGGAAAGAUUCCGGGAAGUCAUAUGAAGAUAAUUGGGGCGGUGGAUGGAAUGGUUCAAAAGACACUGGUAAGAAAUACACUGAUAAACGGGUUGAGGAAGGGCACCGGUCAAAAGCUAAUGUGAGGCCAGAUGAAGAUAAUUGGGGUGGGGGGUAGUGGCUCCAAAGAUGAUUGGGGGUAUAGAUGGGUCGAGCGAAGAAAUCCUUCAAUUCCGGGUCCUAGGAAUGGCAACUCUAAAGCAUAUUGUCCUAAGGAUGAUCGUGUCCCCAGAAGAAAGUAGAGAGUCCUGAUGGUGUUCUAAGGGCUUUUGCAGCAAAACCAGGUGAGAUUGUUGGCUAUACAACGUUUUGGACUUAAAGUCCGGUAUUUAAUGUUUUAGUUACAAGACUAUAUAUGUUUGGUAUUGUUUUUUCGAUAUUCUGGAUUUUGGGAUGUUAUCUUCUACUGUGAAAUUUAUGAAAACUAUAUGAAUUGCCAAUGGUUU